CCCUGCCGCCGCCGCCUCUCUCCUGUUGACGUGACACUGGGUUUUUCUCCCCUUCUCGGUGUAGGCUCGGCCCUUCGGAGUGGCCCCCUCGUGAUGUCAAGCGAGGCUGAAAUUGGCUACUUCGUCCUCAAGGGGGGCUUUGGGACCCGGCUGGACAAAGCCUUGGCGGGGAUGAUGUAGUUGGGGCUGGUCUAGCUUUGAGCAGGGGGUUGGACUAGGUGUGACCUGAGGUCCCUUCCAGCCCUCGCUUUAUGUGACCUUUUAGAAUAAUCUUCACAUGCUGAAAGCCUGUUAGUAAUGUCUCUUUUUAUCACGUCUAAUUCAUUCCUCAGUCUUCAGUUGUGUGACGAUUUAGCUUUAGAAAAAAAGCUGGAAAUCGGGAACCAACAUCAGCUUCAUCUGUUUUCAGAGGUUGGGACACACAAGGCUUAAGAUUUAAAACCCCAGGCCUGGGCUCCUGCAAAGCCUUGCUGUGGAAGAUGAGCAAAGGGCAAUUCGGGGUCCACUGGUGAGGGGAUGUUAAGCAGAGGUGGCAGGGCCUUGCUGACCAGGGCAGGCUGCUGAGGGUUGGGGUGGGGGUGAGGAGCUGGGAAUUUGAGGAUGUGUGUUUGGAAAUGCAGUGGCCAGGGAUGUUCAGAGUUGAGGGGUGUGGGGUGACACGUGCAGUUGAGGCUGUGCUUGGGGUCCGGAGUUAUUGGGAGCUGGGGUGUGUCCAUUGUGUUUCCACGGGCUUCUGAAUUUUAGUUGACUAAUUGCCGUCCCUUCUUGCGCCUGCAUCUUUGCCACUGAGUUGUAGCUAAGGAGGCUACAUCUUGCCCUCUGAGACAGAUAAGUGAAUCCCAGAAGCUUCUAGAACUGUUGCAUGUGUAUAACUAGCUGUGUGUGUUGGGCACACGAAACAGUGACUGAGGUGACUUAGAUUGCUUCUUGAGGCUGUGGUGAGUGGUCUGCAGUUGCUAUUCCCCCUUUACCUCUUUUCUGUCGUGGUGUGUCCCGUCUGUCGUCCCCCCCCCCCCAAGAUGCUUACUGUGUUCUGGGGAAGGCAGAAUGAAGAAAGAUUUCAUUUACUACUCUUCCUCCCCAGACUCAUGGCUGUAGGCUGCAGGGAUGGAGCAUAAUCUUCAGCUUGCUCCCUCUCCCUUUCCUGGUGUAACAAAAGCUACAGUUUUAACCCUUUCAUAUCAUAACUGAAUUCUCAGCAGGUUUUGGCUGCUCUGCCAAAAGCUGAAACUAACUGGUGCUGAAGACUAGAUUCCGUGAGCAGAUCUAGGAUUUUGAAAAGAGCUAAAAAUAGAAUAAGAAACCAGCAGUAGAUGAAUAUCAAUUUUGUUGAAGAAAGGCUAGCUUGACUGGUGGACUUCUAACACUUGUUGUGUGAAGAAUUGGCAAGAAUGGAGUUUAAUGAGCCCUAGCAGUUCCUGAAUAGAAAAGCCACUGCUCCUCUUUUAGGCAGAAAAGUUAACUUCCCAGCUUAAGGCAUAACCCCAGUUUUGGAAGGGUAUUUUGGGGAUGGGGGCAGAUGCCUCUUGUUUGCAAGCAAAUAUGGUAGGUAGAUGAGGUCUCAUCUUAGGGUGGUGUGUCUGGUUCUAGUUGCCACCACUCCCUUAUCUAGAGAGAGGUUACAAUGGAAUUCAAAGGGUUUAGAGAUGAACAAAGAACAUGGUCUGAGCUCUGGCAAAUAAGGGAGAGCUGGGAGACUUGGGUUAGGAUGGAGACCCUACAGGAGGGGAGAUGAUUUAAAAAAAAAAAAAUGGAAAGCAGUGGGUGUCCCAAGAAGGAGAGUCAAGAAACUUUAUGUACCUAUCGCUUUACAUAAAGUAAGGGGGUAUUCAGUGAAGCUGGUACUAAAAAUAUGGUUUAAAGGAUGUGCCAGUUCACGUAACUUUGCAUAUUUUAGAUUAACCAUGGGGGGGUGACUUCCAUUGCUCUUGUAGUUCAGGAACAAGCUGCCCAGGGAAGUUGUGGAAUCUCUUUUAUUGGAGGCUUCCAAGAAACUGGAGAGGUAUCUUGUCUAGGAUGGAUUAGGAAGAGCAUGGUGGGGGGAGUCCCUUCCAACCCUCUCACUCUGACUGGUUAACUGGUGGCACCAGAUAACUGAAACUAAAGGCUGAGCAGAAUUCAAAACAGAACUAGACAUGUACUAGAUGGUAGACUUCUUGAGGGAGGGGCCAUACUGCUAUGCAGCAUUACUAAGUUAACAAGUUUGUCAUUGUAUGUAGUGGCUACCUGGGGGUUUCUAGUGACAGAAUGUUCUUGGUAACUGCUUCUUUAGACAGUCUGUCUAACGAUGCCUUUUGACUUGAGGCUUUUAUGAUUUUCUGCUUUCAGACAUCAGUAAUGCUGAUUCUGUCUUGUACCUCACCUAAUGUAAUGGGAGCCUGGUUCAGGACUAGGGUUCUUAAGUGUCACUUCACUUCAAUAUAGGUAAUUAUGUGCAUGACAAAAAAAAGUUUAGAGCUGUAAUAAGGAUUAAGUCCAACACCCAGUUUUCAAGACCAUAUUAAUUUAGUCCAUUUUGACAAGUAGGAUUUGCCCCUUCCCCAGGCGGUGGGUACUUGCCUAUCCUGGAAACUAGGAAUCUGUAAUCUCCUCAAACAGGGCACAGUAAUGUUGGCACUUCAGAAUUGCUAGUCGCUCCUUCAAAAAAUAUAUUCAGGAGCCUCUGGAAGGGCUUGUUUAUAGCGUAAGCCAAUCUCUAGCUAUUGUGGCUUGCAGAGUUGAGGGAACCCAGCUGCAGGGGGGGUUUAUGCUACAGUGAGGCAGUUGGAGCUGGUCAUUACAGGAGACCAGGCAAUGGGGAAGAGAGGCCCCUCUCAUGAGUCCAUGUGAUGGCUUCUUGCAUUUCCAAAAUCUGGAAAUUUUGUUGUAUCUCAACAAAGAUCUUUCUUGUUCUUUCCAGGAGGCACCACAAGAGCACCUGGCCUGUUUGAGAAAAGGGAGAGAAGAAUCCAAAGUUCAGCGUGAGAGGCAAGGCGAGGAGCUGCUGAAGCAAACAGAAACUGAGAGGCAGAAGAUCAUAGCAGAAUGCAAGGAGCUACGUGGGUUCCUGGAAGAGAAAGAGCAGUUCCUGCUUUCCAGGCUGGAAGAGCUAGACAGAGACAUUGUCAAGAGAAAGGAUGAAAGUGUCUUCAAGCUGUCUGAAGAAAUUUGCCACAUUGAUAAACUACUCAGUGAAAAAGGAGGCGAGAGUGAGCCAAUGGACCAAACUGACCAGAGUGUCGCCAGCACUGUGACCAGCAGCAGGAACUGGGUAUUUCAGAAGCAAGAACCUGGCUUUUCAGAGGUGGAGAAAAAGCUUAAGAGCUUCUCCCAGAAAAGUGCUGUCCUGAAGGAAGUGUUGCUGGAAUUCAAAGAGAACCUGCGGUUUGAGCUGGAAAAUGACACGGGUGAUAUCACUCUGGACCCAGAGAGUGCAAAUCCCUACCUGAUGCUGUCGGAGGAUAAACGGAGUGUGCGGCUGAGAAGUGCCCCACAGGACCUGCCUGCGAACCCCAAGAGAUUCGAUUAUGCUUUCUGUGUCCUGGGGGCUGAAGGUUUUUUCUCUGGCAGGCAUUACUGGGAGGUGGAGGUUGGGGAUGGGGACAGCUGGGCUGUGGGGGCUGCUAGGGAGUCGGUGAGAAGGAAGGAGAAAAUUGACUUUGCACCUGAGGAGGGGAUCUGGGCAGUAGGGCUGAAUUGGAAGGGCAAGAACUGGGACCAGUACCAAGCUUUCACCUCUCCUGAGACACCCCUGUCCCUGUGUGAGAGGCCCAGAAAGAUUGGGGUCUACCUGGACUAUGAAGGAGGAUGGGUGGCAUUCUACAAUGCUGAUAACAUGGCCCCCAUCUUCACCUUCACAGCUGCUUUCACUGAGAAGAUCUUCCCUUUCUUCUGGCUCUUCUAUGUUGGUUCCUCUCUCUCGCUAUGUAAUUGACCUUCCCAACUUUACACCUAAAGGUGACCUGCAAAGGGGGGUGGGGGGUGGAAAUUAGGGUAUUUUGGUUACUUUCUGAACCAGGCCUAAAAUGUUGAUGUUUUUGUUUCUAUGCUAGUCUUGGGUCUCAUCUGUUCUGCAAGAUUCAGUGGCCCACUAGUGAUCUGUACAUGGGAAUCUUUAAAACCAGAGAUGAUCAACUUUGCAUAGUCUAGGUGGCUAAAGAUUUGCAUGUAGAGACCUUGAGUGGGCUGUAGAGUGUUGCAGGGUAGACCAGUUCUAUUGCCCAAGUGACAUAAAGAGUGGGAUUUCCAAAGUGUUUUGUCCAUUUCUGUUCUGUUCAGGAAUUAGCAACCUUAUGACAGCAGUGAUGCUGAGGAAUUUCUCUCUCUUCACUCAGAAACGUUAACUCGGACACCUAUUUAACUCGGUACAUGCCUCAGCAAGAAGAGCUGCAGUAGUGACUGAUCAGUCCUUCCUGCCUGUUUCAAGGUUGAUUAGGAGCAAAAAAAAGAAGCCAGCAGGCAGAGCCAGACUUGGCAUUCUCAAUGGUUGUUGAUCUGGAAAACCAAGCUGCAUGAGGAGAGGAGGUAUAUGGAUAUCAGGCCUCUUAACUUUCACUUUGCAGGUCACCUUUUAGAGAAUGUAGUUGCUCCAGUUCCCUUUCUGUUCCAGCCUCUGUAUGGAGAUUAAUGCUUUCUCUUAAUGGAGCAGGGUGUCAAGUUUCUUGGCCACCAGCACUCAGUUUAAAAAAAAAAAAAAAAAAUAGCCUCUACUAUUACUUUUCCCAUGUUGCUGAAUACCUAGGGAGGACUAGGCUUGCCCUCUGUAUCUGGGCCACAGAAGUUGCUGGGAACUGAGGUCUGUCACCCUCUCUGAGGAUUAGGCUUGCUGCAUUUGAGCAGUAGGCCAAAUUCCUGGGUUUAGGAAGGAUGGUAGGAUCUGUUACCUGUUGACUCAGGUGAAUGAGAAAUAUAGGUCAUAUUCUGGGGCUACAUGAGGCUUUAAAUCCAGGAGGUAACUAGCUCUAUACCUAGAGGGUUGGGUGCUGAUUUUACUUGAUAUCAGAAUUUCCAGACUGGCAGAGAGCAGAACUAGCAAUCGUUCCAGUCCUUGCCCUGUGGCUUUUGGUAGCUGUUCAAGGUUGGCCUGUAACAGGGAGCAGAAUGUGUCCUUGUUAAAGCAGCCAGAAGGUGACUUUCAUCUGUUUUGUGAUCCUCCUUUAGUGUUGAAUUGCCUCUAGCCCUGUAAUUCCUUCAGUGCCAUGCAUCCAGGCUGUUUCACUGUUGCUGUUUAGUAGGAAAAAUAAAACUUGCUGUGCAAAUAGCAAAGUCCAAUGUG